UUUUCCACAUGGAAGGUCCACAUCACCAGGAGAAGAGAGCAGAGACAGGGCUUUUUGGAGAGUGUAAGAUGUAUAGGAACAACAGCAGAGACUCAAGCUACUGAUUGCGAAAGAGAGAGAAUACCAGCAGAUAAAGCAGGAAAGGAAUGAGAAAGAGGUGUCCGUGCUGAAAGAAGAACUGCACAGGCUGAAGGCGUUUGCUCUGCUGGUUGCAAGGGAGCAUCAAUUAUUGACCGAGGAGCUGGGGGAACAAAAAGAUCGGGUCAGAAAGUUAACCAACAUCACAGAAAAUCUGAGGAGCGGAACAUUUUACCUCAUACAGGAGAAGCAACAAGUUAAUCGAAGCCAACAGUGCACUAUGACAGCAAAACAGGCUGGACUGGAGGAGAAAAGACCACUUUUGAGAAAGACGGAUGGAUUUUGGGAGCUAAACAGCAAAGGUCAUAGGUCAGGAGGCCCAGGCUUGAUGUCAGAGGUGGAGGUGCUGAGGAGGCGAGUAGUCGAAAUGGAAGGAAAGGAUGAGGAGUUGAUACGUAUGGGAGAACAGUGCCGUGAGCUGGAGCAGAGACUGACAAAGGAGAAAAUCAACAGUGGUAAUCUCCGGGAUGAUGUGGAUAAACUGAACAAAAGAAUUAAUGAAUUGGACAGGAUCGAGGGCACUUUGGCAAAGAGCAGACAGGAGUGUGGUGCCCUAAAAGGCAGUCUGGAGAGGGAGAAAGAGCUGUGCAAAACUCUAAACAGUGAACUGGACAAACUCAGACUGAGGCUGAGAGAGUCAGAGGUUUGUGAGGGUCAACUACAGCAAAGUGAAGCCGCCCUUAAACAAGACCUGGCCCAUCUCCGGUCACUUACUGUAGCUCUAGUAGAGGAUAGGAAUACUAUGAAGGAGAGGCUCAGACAGGCUGAAGAAACACUCAGUAAGAGAAAUGAGCAGAGCAAUUUGGCAAUGAUGCCCAAUGAAAAGCUUAGAGAGGAGAGGCAACAGGCUGCAAGGUCCCAGGCAGAUUUACAAGAACGGAUUAAAAGCAUCACUAAAGAAAAGGAUGAGCUUGGCGCCAAACUGAGAACAGAGGGCGAGAGGAGUUUUGAAUUAGAGGCUAAGUUAUCUGUUAUGAAGAGACGGUUGCAGGUUUUGGAGAACAGGAGAGAAAAAGAAGAGAAGAGAGAGAGCGUCAAGUACGGCUCAGUUCCAAACAACUCCGGCCACCAAUGCCAAACGCAAAACAACAAAGUCAACGAACUGAGCCAAGAGUUAGAGCGGUUGCGAAAGACCCUUCAGGACAAAGAGGUCUUAGAAGGGACGUUAAUGAAAGUGGAGGAGGACUAUGAGGUUAUGGAGAGAAGGUUCAAAGAGGAGCAGAGAAGGACACAAGUUUUGGCACAAGAGUUAGAAGUAGCCAAAUGUGAAGUGGCAAGGUAUCAACAGGCAGAGAAGGAGGAGACCAACCAGGAACACCAGCUCCUGCAAAGGCUGCAGCGAGAGCAGGUUAAGUCGAGGCUUUUGAGCAGAGAAGUGGAGUCACUGAAGGAGAAACUGCAAAGCAUGAUGGGAACAGAAGACUCAAUAAGCAAAGUCCAAAAUGACCACUCUACGCUGCAAAGGAAACUGACACAACAGGAGACCAGGAACAGAGAGCUGGCUAGAGAAAUGCUGGACCUGUCCGAUGAGCUGAACACAUAUAAAACAUGUAGAAAUCUGCCAUAUGACACCAACAGAUUUAUGUUACACCAAACCAAGGAAGUUCAAACUGACUCAAAUGACAUCCAGUACAGCUCUUUGACAUCAACAAAUCAGGAUGAAGACAAGGAUGAAGAGGACCCAAACCAAAACACAGAGAGCUCAUCUCACGUCCAAAAUCUCAAUAACCUAAACAGCGCUAACAACAAUAUUAGCGUGUACAGCAACAACGGAUCUGGCGGUGUAGAUGCGGUAAACAGAGAAGUGAUGAUGCUGACCCACACAUCAGGUCAGCCCUUGCAUAUCAAAGUCACACCGCAUCACAUGCUCAACACGGCCACACUGGAGAUCAGCAGUCCCUCAUCAGAUGUGGCUACUUCUUACACCAGCACUGCAGUCAUACCAAACAGCCCUGGCCAAUCUAAGCAGAGGAUCACCAUAAUUCAAAACACAAACAAUAGGAGCCCCCCUUCAAGUCCAGAUCGCACCUUAUCACUCAAUACAUCACCCAUAGCUAGGGUUAUGAGUCCAAAUUCUUCUCGAUCUGUAACACCAGAGCAAAACUCUCCCAUACAAAUAGUGACAGUGAGGACAUGUUCUCCAGAGCUAGAAGCAGCAGGUUUGUGCAAAAGUCUUGAGCGUCAGAGCAGCCUGCGUCAUGAAAGAUCAAACAGUAUUGAUACAAGUUCAAGUAUCAGCAGUUUGGAUGACAGUAAGAUACAUAUCCACCUGGGGAGUCCAUACAUACAGGCCCUGAAUGGCGUGAGCCACAGUAUCCCUCAUUCUCCAGGCCCUUACUAUGUCCGACAUGAACAGAGGACGCAAGUACUAGCAAAUGGCUGUCACGUGAAAGGGGUAGGCAAGAUAACAAGCAGCAUCACAAUUUCCCCUGCAACUUCUCCAGUCUCACACUCUUCAAAUAUAACAGUUAGUGGACUGUGUGACUAGUAGUAUAAUGUACCAUGCAAACACAUACUGUGUUGACGUUUUUGUACUAAAGCCAGAUUUUAUUUUUUGAUUAUCUAAGCCCUUAAGUGGGCAACAUGUUUAAAGACAGCAUUUAAGUUGACUAAAUGGACCACCACAAUGCAAUGUUAAUCAGAAUUUCUGUAAAUGUGUUGGAUUUGUAAUUAAAGAUGACCUUUUUACCAUG